CAGCGACGGCGACAGCAGGAGCUUCCGAGUGAACCUGCACUGCAAACACCCCCGCAACAGAGAGCUCAAGUGCAAUAGCAGGAGCAGCAGCAAAGCCGAGGGUCCUGGUGUCACCUUCCCUGACCCCCAUGUCAGCAACUGCUCGGCCAAGCGGCACGCGGGGGAGGAGGAGGUCAGGAUGCGCGUGAAGCCCCCGGGCCCAGUGGUAACGACCAGCGUUGUGCGUGGCUCGCCCGACUACGUCCGAGAGCCCAAAUUCUACCCGCCGGGACACCCGGUGCAGCGGCCCCCCGCCUGCCCGGCCGAGAAGGCGCUGUCCUGCAGUGUGCUCAGCUUCCCUGAGGGGUCGUGCCCCGCGCUCGGCCGGGAGCACCAGGCAGGCUCGCUGCUGCACGGCGACCCGGCUGACCGCUGCCAGAGCGUCCACGGGGGCACCAAGGCGGCCGAGGACCUGCUGGGCUGCGCCGGGGAGCCCCGGAUCCUGGGGGGCAGCACAGAGGAGGCAUCUGCCCGCGACCGGGCGCCCAAAACCUUCCCCAACGCGACGCUGGCCUCGGGCCGCUGCAACGUAGACGGCAUCCUCGCCUUGCUCCGCAGCAAGUGCGGCAACGGGCACAUCAACCUCCACCCUGUGGUGCAGCUCAUCGACAUCAUGAAGGACCUCAACCGCCUCUCUGAGGACCUCAAGAACAGCGGGGUGCACCUGGACUGUGGCAGCCUCCGUGGCGGCGGCGGGGCUCACGAGGACAGCCGCCUCCUGCCCGCUGACCGGGACCUCCAGUACAGCUUCUUCUCCUCGCCCUCCCUGGCCAACAGCAUCCGCAGCCCCGAGGAGCGGGGGGUGCUCCUCAAAUCCGACCCGUCGCGGCACCCCCGGCCCCCAGCGCGUGACGGAGAGGCUGAGGGAGGUGGGGGGAGCACCCCGCAGCCCCCAGGACACGCUGUGGGUGUGGGGGACGUCUCCAAAGCUCCGGCGGAUGAAGCCGGCUGCUCCCAGCCCGAUGCCAGCGAUUACUCGGAACUGGCCGAGGCGGACAUCCUGAACGAGCUGGCCUCCCUGGCUUGCCCAGGGACGCAGCUGCUGGAGUCGCAGGCGAUGGAGCCGCAGCCCCAGUUGCUGCCAGCCCAAGAGCUGGACUCCCAAUCCCGGCUGUUGGAUUCCCAGUCCCUGGAGUCACAGCCCCAGCUGCUUGAUUCGCAGAGCCUGGAGCCGCUGCCAGAGUCGCUGGAGCUGCAAAACCUGGAGCCGUUGGGGCUGCAGUCGCUGGAGCCGCUCUCUGAGUCUCUGGAGCUGCAGUCGCUGGAGCCUCUGUCCGAGUCGCUGGAGCUGCAGUCACUGGAGCCACUGGCGGAGCCUCUGGGGCUGCAGACCCUGGAGCCACUGCCCGGAGCGCUGGAGCCCCCGCUGCUGCCCACUGAGCCCUCUCUGCUGGAGCCACAGCCACUGGGCACCGUCUCGGAGCUGCUGGAGGCGCAGCCGGGCACCGGGGACCCUCUGCGGCCCCACGGGCUGCAGCCCCGGCUUGGGGGGUGUCCCCUGAGCACCAUGGUGAAGCGGGGCCCCUGCGGGGGCCGGGGGGCCGGGCGGUGUGGCGAAGACCACCGCAAGUACGCCCUGCGCCGGACUGAUAAGCCAAAGAUGCUGUGCCGCCGGAGGAGGGCGGGGCGAGGCCGCCGGGUGGACAUCACCCCCGAGAGCCACGUCCUGUCCCCCCUCACCCUGCCCGCCGAGCUGCCCCCCGGGCCCGAGGAGCCUGACACCCCCGUGCUGAGCCCCCCACCGCCACCGCCCCCCACCACGCUGGACCCCAACGAGAUGCCCAAAGCCCCCACGGCAGGGAAGAAGAGCAAGUGCCGGGGGGUGAGGAAGAUGGUGGUGAAGAUGGCCAAGAUCCCCGUGUCCCUGGGGAGGAGGAACAAGACCACCUACAAGGUGUCAUCGCUCAGCAGCAACCUGAACCUGGAGGGGAAGGAGCUGGCAGCCAGCAGCUCCAUGGAGCCCACGCCGCUGCUCAAGAUGAAGAACAACGGACGCAACGUGGUCGUGGUGUUCCCCCCUGGCGAGAUGCCCAUUAUCCUGAAGCGCAAGCGGGGCCGGCCUCCCAAAAACCUGCUGCUGGGCCAAGCCAAGCCCAAGGAGCCCACCCCAGAAGUGAAGAAGAGGAGGAGGAGGAAGCAGAAGCUGGCCUCGCCCCAGCCCUCCUACAUCGCCGACACCAACGACAGCAAAGCCGACUACUCGGAUGUGUUGGCCAAGCUGGCCUUCCUGAACCGACAGAGCCAGUGCUCGGGGCGCUGCUCGCCACCCCGCUGCUGGACCCCCAGCGAGCCCGAGUCCAUCCACCAAGCCCCCGACACCCAGAGCAUCUCCCACUUCCUGCACCGUGUCCAGGGUUUCCGCCGGCGCGGCGGCAAGGCGGGGGGCUUCGGUGGGCGCGGGGGCAGCCACGCAGCCCGCGCCGCACGCUGCUCCUUCAGCGAUUUCUUUGAGGGCAUCGGGAAGAAGAAGAAAGCCCCCACGGCCCUCCACGCUGACCCCGUGCACCCCCGCAAGCGCGGCCGGCUGGAGCCCGACCCCGUGGGCAAGCCCAAGCGGAAGCGACGGGCGCGCAAGAACGGGGCCCUGUUCCCCGAACCCAACUCCGGGCAGAGCUUCGGGGACGGCCCCGCCGCAGAGUGGGGCGGGGGCGAGAAGGGCAGCCCCUGGGCCCCCCACCACAGCCACCCCGGCGGCCAGCCUGGACGCAACGGUGGCUACCAAGGGGCCGAGGCGAGACCCUUCCACGCCGCGGGGUUGGAGUCGGGCUCCUCUGGCCGUGCCGGUUUCUACGCUGGCAGCGCGCCGUCCUCGCAGACAGAGACCGGUCCGGAGAGGCACAGCCUCUUCACGGGCUACUUCCGCUCCUUGCUGGACUCCGAUGACUCCUCCGACCUGCUGGACUUCGCCCUCUCCGCGUCCCGCUCCGAGUCCCGUAAAUCGGCGGCCGCCUACACGGCGCCCCCGGCCGCGCUGCCCGGCCAGCGGGGCAUGGCUGCCUACGCGGCCCGCGGCGGCAAAGUGCCGGCGGCCAACCCCGGUGCCGAGGCCUUCCACGCGGCCAUGCAGGGCCGGCCAGCGUUCCCGCCCGGCCGCGCCUCCAGCGCCUACGGGGUGACCCAAGGCUCCUCCGAGUGCCGGGGCACCGAGUCCUUCCCCAAACUGGCCCCGCCAUCAGCCGUGUCCCGGUCGCCCACGGCUCACCCGGCGGCCAGCGGCACCCCCGGCUACUCCCCUUACGGCAGCUACGGCAGCGCCGGGCAGAGCGUGGCACCCGCCAGCGUGUUCCCGCCAGGAAAGCAGUACCCAUCAGCACAGGACUGCCCCAACAGCAAGGACUGCAGCUUCGCCUAUGGCAGCGGCAGCAGCCUCCCGUCCUCGCCCAGCAGUGCCCACAGUGCCGGCUACGCGCCACCGACAGCUGGUCCCAGUUUGCCGCUGGGAAAAGCUGCCUUCUUCAACAGUGCCGAGCAGGGGGGGCAGUUCUCCAGCGCCGCGCACACCCCCCUGCGCUGCGACAGCCGGGCCAGCACCGUCUCGCCCGGCGGCUACAUGGUGCCCAAGGGGUCAGCGUCCUUCCAGCCCUCGCCUGAAAACUGCCGGCAGUUCCCCAGCUCCGCGCCGUGGGCCUUCCGGCAGGGCUACGGAGGGUUGGACUGGAGCUCAGAAGCCUUCAGCCAGCUCUACAACCCGGGCUUCGAGUGCCACCUCAAUGAACCCAACGUCAUCCUGGACAUCUCCAACUACACCCCGCAGAAAGCCAAGCAGCAGACGGUCUCUGAGACCUUCUCGGAGUCCUCCUCUGACAGCACCCAGUUCAACCAGCCGGCUGGUUACCGGCGCGCCAACAGCGAGGCGUCCUCCAGCGAGGGCCAGUCCAGCCUCUCCAGCCUGGAGAAGCUGAUGAUGGACUGGAACGAGGCAUCCUCCGCCCCUGGCUACAACUGGAACCAGAGCGUCCUCUUCCAGAGUAACUCCAAGCCCGGUCGAGGCCGACGGAAGAAGGUGGAUAUGUUCGACACCUCCCACCUGAGUUUCUCCUCCUCUUCCUCAUCUUCCUCUGUGUACCCCUCCAAGAGGAACACGGGACCCCGGCAGCCCCGGGGCUCCCGAGGGGCUUGUGCCUCCAAGAAGGAGAGGGGGACGGGCAAAGCCAAGUUCCCCACCAAGUCACAGGCGGUGAACCCCCUGUUCCAGGACAGCACGGACCUGGGCUUGGACUACUACAGCGGGGACAGCAGCAUGUCCCCCCUGCCCUCCCAGUCCCGGGGCUUCGGGGUGGGGGAGCGGGACCCCUGUGACUACACCGGCCCCUACUCCAUGAACCCCUCCACCCCCUCGGACGGGACCUUUGUCCAGGGGUUCCAGAGCGACUCCCCCGGUUUAGGGCAGCCGGAUUUGGAGAGCAAGCACUUCCCUGCCCUCCCGCACCAGCUGGCAGCCCCCGGCCAGCAGACUGUGUUCGAGGCCGGUUUGCAGAAAGCCUUCUCGCCCAACUGCUCCCCGACCUUGGCCUUCAAGGAGGACCUGCGGGCAGGCAGCAUGCGGAAGCUGCCCGCCUGCGACUCGCUCAAACACAGCAUGCAGGGGGGAGCCCUGCCACACGCCCCACACCUGGCCUGCCGAGACCUCCCCAUGCCUCAAGCGCACUAUGACUCCCCCAGCUGCAAAAACCCCCCGUACUGGUAUUCCCCCAACGCCAGCACCCGCAGCCCUUCCUACGACGGCAAGGCGGGGGCUGGCAUGCUGGUAGACUUCAUGGGCAGGACGGACCCCCCGUGUCUGAACCCCCACUUGAGCAGCCCGAGCAGCACCCACCCCUCCAAGGGCGAGAAGGAGCCCUUGGAGAUGUCCCGGGCCCACCACCGAGGACCCUACGCUUGUCCCUUGAUCAAUGACUUGAACAUCUCCCCCGUACCGAGAGACUCAAUGUUGCAGCUGCAGGACAACUACAGGUACCCCAGUUUUGCACCCCAAGGGCACCCCGUCAUGGCCCCCAGCCAGAAGAGCGGGUUUUUGGGACCCAUGGUAGAGCAACAACACCCUGAGGACACUUUUACGGUCACCUCAUUGUAGUGUCUGCUGACGUGCCAACGGGACAACGAGGUUUUGUUACAGGAGGUAAUUUAGCCAGCACUUUUUUCUGGAACACUUUUCAAGUUCUGUAUUUAACUGGGAUUGGAACCGUUUGUUUGUUUUCUUAAAAAAAAAAAAAAAAAAGAAAAA